UCUCGCGAUGUUUGGCCGCGUCAAGGGCGGCCAUUUUGGGGUGCCCCCGGCUGGUAGCUCUGGCGGCGUUUCCCAGGCUGCGGUGGGGACCAAGGGUGGCCCCACGCGCGUCGGGCCGGCCGACACGAUGUGGCGGCUGCGCUGCAAGGCCAAGGGUGGCACCCACGUUUUACAGGGUCUGUCCAGCCGGACCCGCCUGCGGGAGCUCCAGGGCCAAAUUGCCGCUGUCACCGGGAUAGUUCCUGGCAGUCAGCGAAUCCUCGUCGGCUUCCCUCCCGAGUGCCUGGAUCUUAGCGACGGGGACACCACUCUGGGUGACCUGCCUAUCCAGUCAGGUGACAUGCUGAUUGUUGAAGAAGACCAAACCAGACCCAAAGCUUCAGCUGCAUUUUCAAAACGUGGUGCUCCUAGUUAUGUCAGGGGAACUUUGCCUGUGCUUGCCAGAACCUCAGUCCCAGCAGACAACUCUUGCCUGUUUACCAGUGUGUACUAUGUCGUCGAAGGAGGCGUUUUGAAUCCAGCUUGUGCCCCUGAGAUGAGACGCCUCAUAGCACAAAUUGUAGCAAGUAAUCCAGACUUCUAUAGUGAGGCAAUACUGGGAAAAACCAAUCAAGAGUAUUGUGACUGGAUCAAAAGGGAUGAUACUUGGGGGGGAGCAAUUGAGAUAUCGAUUUUGUCUAAAUUUUAUCAAUGUGAAAUAUGUGUAGUAGAUACACAAACUGUAAGAAUUGAUCGUUUUGGGGAAGAUGCAGGAUAUACCAAAAGGGUUCUGCUUAUCUACGAUGGCAUCCACUAUGAUCCACUUCAGCGUAACUUUCCUGACCCAGAUACCCCUCCCUUGACCAUUUUCUCCUCAAACGAUGAUAUUGUUCUUGUACAAGCACUGGAAUUAGCAGAUGAAGCUAGAAGAAAGAGACAAUUUACUGAUGUAAAUCGCUUCACCCUAAGAUGCAUGGUAUGUCAGAAAGGAUUAACUGGACAAGCAGAGGCGAGGGACCAUGCCAAGGAGACAGGCCACACCAACUUUGGAGAGGUGUGAUCUGUUUAUGAUGAGGGUUGGAGCCUACUACCUCACAUAUCCAGAAGGCUCUGGGUUUUCCAAUAAGCUAUUUAUAACCCUACAGACAAGAACACAAUGCUUGAAAUAUCCUUUUAACUUAAACCAGUAUGACACUGAAAUUCCUUGUUUAAGAUUAAAAUUAGUGUGCAAGUUUACAGAUAUGUGUCUACUAUGGCAUGCCCUCUUUCUGCUAGGGUGACAGAAUAGGUGGUCUUUGUCACCUACUGACACUAACCUGAAGACUGGAUUGUAUUCUAAACCAGCACCCAACAGCUUUAACUUAUAGAAGAAAACACCCUAUUUUAGGUAAUGUAGAAAGCCUUGCAUAAGGCCACUGGAUAUAUUACCACAGUGUCUCCAGUAGUUGAUUUCUUUAAUAACUUCGAAUGAAUUAGUAGUUUCUAAGUUAUGAAUUGAUUCAUCAAAUGAAGAUACUCAGAAUUGUCAAAACUUUUUAUAUUGCAAUUUGGUAGACUUUAUAAGUGUAACUACUUAAAAUGCAUAAAAAGCAAUUUUUACAGGGAUGAGUGUAUUCUUUAGAAUGUUACCUAAAACAGGAAUUGAUAGGGUCCUGUUUCCGAUUUCUCUCAUAUAAAGUAGAAUGUAUAAGAGGGAAAGGUGCCUGAAGCAGCUUAUUGAAGCUUUAAAAGACUGUUGGCUUAUGUUUUAGUGCAAUCCAUAUGUUGGUGUUUGUCACAUUAGAUUUUUUUUUAAUUAAGCGGGGCAUGCCUUUUAAAUUGAAGCUUCUUGAAAUUUGAGUGCUUGAUUCUUUUGUUUUUACAUAUAGAUUUGUCUGGAGGGAUUUCUUUUCCUCACCCUUUAUUCUAAGAGAAGUUCCUCCAAAGAGUCUUCCUCUAAAGUGACAGUGAUAUACUUCCAUUGGUUUUUUGCAAAAAUCUUUACAUACAUAAACAAUGUUUAUGCUAGCUGUAUCCCUCCACUAAUGAUCUUUUGAAGAUUCUACAUUUCUGUAAGUUAGAACUUUGGUUAUCUGUGAUCUUUUCUUUUGACUUUCAUUUUUGAGUAGUUAGUGUAAUACCAUUGGUUACAUCUGUCUCACUUCCAAAACAUAAAGGUUUUUAAAUCCUUGCCUUAUUUAGCUUUCUCAGAGUUCUGUCACCUAGUGUCAGAUGUGUAGCCAUUUGCUUGAUGGACUGAUCCUCAUGGCACACACACCCUCUAAAAACUUAGCUUCACUAUAGAAUCUUCCAGAUAAAAUUUUCUACCUCUUUUCGUAAUUCUGAAGAUCAGGGAUGUUAAAUUCUAAUAUGUAUUGUGUUCUACAAUGUGAAGAGGCAUACUGUUGUGAAAUUUUAUUUUCUCAGUCUCAUGUUUUAUUAAAUAUCUCAAACCAUCAAUGGUAUAUGGUGUCUACCUUGAAGCACUUAUCUCAUUCCAUGUAGCUUCUUAGCAAAAUGUUUUAAAGCCUUUCACUUGGCAAAGGUGGCCAUAUCAAAUUAAGCAACACUAAGGUAAACUAAAGUUUAGAGUUCUUUAAAGAACAAUUGAACAAUUCAAAAAAUAUGCUUUAAAUCAUUAGAUAACAUUCUUUCUUGUUUUGAAACAUGGUCUUAUGUAUCCCUGGCUGGCCUGGAAUUUUCUAGGUAGACCAGGCUGGCUUCAAACUUGAAGUGAUCCUCCUGCCUCUGCCUCCUGAGUGUUGAAAUUACAAGUGGGGACUACCACCAGUUAGACAAACAAUGACAGUUACUAUGGUCAAUAUGAAUUGAAAGCAUUGAUUUUUCUUUUUUUGCUGAGCCUUAAAGAUAACACUGGUGAGCUUGACACUACCACCAGUUAGACAAACAAUGACAGUUACUAUGGUCAAUAUGAAUUGAAAGCAUUGAUUUUUCUUUUUUUGCUGAGCCUUAAAGAUAACACUGGUGAGCUUGACACUUAACAUCUGGCACUCACAAUGUGUGAAUGAGUAUCUCAAAAGUUUUUGUUUGUACCUGUCAUCUGUUCCAGAUAGGUUUUGUGUCUCUUUUAUUUCUUCUAUACUAACAUUGUAAUCCUGGGUAACAUCCAUCAAAUUGAACUUUAUGUAUCAUGUUCAUAAAGCUUGCCUUCUUUCCUUUAAGCAUCCAGAUUCAACAUUUCCUUUCUGAAAUUUUGGGUCCAGAAGUGUGUUCAUGCAACAAAUAUUUAUUGAGUAAUGUACAAUGUGUCAGGCAUGUUAUAUUUUUUUAAUAUAAAUUUUCAUCACUUUAAAAGUGAGUAUGUAUUACCUACAGAGUAUUAAUUUAGUAAAUACAAAGAAGUGGAACACUGGUAUUUUACAAAAUCACUUCAUGCUAAGUGGUUUUUGUGUGUAUUAUUAUGUAUUUAUUUAGGGAAUUGUAUCUUACUCUCUGCUGUCUUGCACCUGGGUUGUCCAUUCACCAGGUAAUCACUGGUGGUCACAUGGCUUUCAAAAAAGCUUUUUAGUCAUUGCUGACAUUCAGAACAGGUUUUAGAAUAGUGUCCUGAUCAUGAUGAAAAUUCAAGAUGAAGCAUUAUUUGCCAAUCAUUUAACUAUAUAUAGGGUUGAAAACCUAAAUUUCUGUUCAGCAUAAGCAUAAGCAGGUAAACCUCAGAAUUCAAAGGUUUUUGUUUUGCUUUUCUGUGCUCAUUAUUAAGCUCUUGAAACUAGUUAUUAAUAUGAGUAAACUCAUUUUAAAAAUUAUAGAUUACUUUUUCAGCAGAGCUCAAAAGAAAGGUUGUCCUAAGUUUGCACUAGAGCAGAAUGAAGUUCUUUCUGCUUGUUCAGUUUUGCCUAUUAUAUAAGAAUUUCUUUUUUUAACUAAAAUGGGGACAGUUUACAUUAGUGUCAAAAUAAAAGUUACACUUCUGCAUCUACUCCCUCUUGUUCGUCCCUUUGAGGUGUAGUGUUAGGAUGAUACUCUCCCAGUCACUUCAUUAGUCAAAAUCAAUAUUCUUGAGUAUUUUGUGAUGUGUUAGCCAUAUGAGGAAGACAUUGAGGUUCAUGAUUGAUUUCUUAAUUGUUCUCCAAGAAUGAGAAGUGGGCAUAGUUAAGGGGCUACUGGUCAACUUGACCCCGUUAUUAAGAACUAAUACCAUUAUGCCAUUUGAAUAUUUCUUAAAGUUAAAAUCCAAGUAAAGUCAGAAUCAGAAAUUUACAUUACCUAUCUAUAUAUUCCCCUGUUCAUGCCUAAAUUGCUUAUCUAGUUUCCUUUUGUCCUGUAUAGGGAUUAGAACUUGGGUGUUUCAAGUUGCCCUAGUUUAAUUUUCUGUCUUUUCAAAACAGUUAAGUGGAGAGUAUGUAAAAUUAAACAACAGAGUGAUCCAUAUAUAUCAGGUGGCCUUAAAUUUACAUAUAUUAAGAAUUACAUUUUUUUUCAUGUGUUAAGACAUUAUUUGCAGCACUUUAAAAAGCAGAAUAAAAGUUUACAUAGCCCUCUAGGAAUCUUAUUAGAACAAUAAAAAGACAACUCUUGAGCUGCUAGCCAUUAGUUCUUAAUCAACUAUUGCCAUAAGUGUUUGGUGCAUCUGAUAAUAGUCUGGUGUAUUGGUAACAGUAGUAACUGUCAGUAACUAUUAGAGGCAUGAUCUCUGCCCAAACAUAAAUACUUCUGUGUUGUGAUGGUCUUAUCAGCUGUUUCACAGUAUUCAAAUUUGUUUUUUAUAGUAUAAAGAUGACUGAUGGUUUUUAAGAGUAGAUUCUUAAAGCCCUUCAUUCAUUUCUAAGCAGACUUAUUUUAGAGAAGUUGAUUUUUGAUAUUUGUCGGCCUAAAGUGGAACACUUCAUUUGAAUAAACUAGUUUGUGUCUUAUACCCAGGGCUUUGUCCUUGCAAGGGUGCUUUCACAGAGCUGCAUCCUCAGCUCUGAGUUUUCUUAAUAAACAUUAUUUCUGCACAUCCAACUUAAUGAAUAUAAGUUGACUGACUUGACUGUAGGAGUGUUUCAUUUCCUCCCCCCAAAUUAGCAUUUUGUUUAUAGUGCUUUGAAUAUUUGAUUUGGAAAAUAAAGUAUUAUGUUACUGAA